AUGAUUUGGUACGUGCGACCAAUCCACUCCCAUGUAAUCCUAACUAAGAUCGCAACGGAGUUGUCUAAGACCUAUUCAUGCGCCCUGGAGACUUCCCUCAAAGUGAGGCUAUGGCGGGGCAGCGGUUUGAGUGCCAAGUUCAAGAGCUUGGAAUCUACUUUCCUCUCGCCUCGAACCACGCAGCUGGACGCAGUCUUAGACGACGGGAUUUCCUAUGUUCAAACAUCAGAGGUAACUGCAAUCGAGCAUGUACCUAGCGAGUUGUUCGAGGAGCCAGCACGUAACGAAACGUGGACAAACUGCCUUAUCCUAAUUCAUGAUUUCGAAGCCUUCCGAGCGAUCUUUGAUGAAACCCCUCAACUUCAUAUUGUCGGAAUAACUGGGCGGAGACACCAUUCUGAGAAAUAUGUUGUUGCCAUAUGUAAUGGAUGCUUGGCCUGGCUCGAUAGAAUCAACUUCCCGUUAUUGCGAGUAUCCGAUCAUCACUGGAAUCCAAGCCAGCGUGAGAUCGAUGUGUACGGUGCUUCCGACGCAGCCAAGAGAGCUCAACAACGAUUUCUCCAACACGUCACAGGGGUGGUCUACUCGGCAACACACGUGAAGAGUCUCUACCAAUAUUAUGAGAAUAAUAUCUACAACGAUUCUUUGCGAGCAGCAGUCAGGUGGCCCUUCUUCAGACGCGACUUCCAGAACUCCCGUGCUGGGGUCAGAAGAAGAUUUUUGCAGUACUGUGUUUUUGUUGCCCUUCAUUCUCUUGAAGACUUAAAACAUGCUAACGACCAUGAGAUGGUUGGAAGAGACCAGGAAAGCUGGUCUCGGUUUUUCGAACGUUUGUGUAUGAGAAGGUCCGAACAGCUAGCGUUGGACCCGUUGGCCGAGAUGCAGACUGUGUCGCUUCUCCAAGGAAUUUUGGAAGCAGCUUCUGACGAGAUCAGUCACCCUGCACCGACAUUCGACACGAGGUACUCGGCCAAGCAGAAUAUUGAAAUGAUCUGUACUUUGUUGGAUUGCGAUAUGGAGUCAGGACUUGCUUCAAUUGGAAACAUCGAAGAAGAAAUACUGACGCAGACUCUACUAAGAUGUACAAUCUUCGCAGGCCUUGACAAGAUCGACGUCAUGGGAUUCAAGGAGCAGAUGUGCAUGUAUGUGCCAAUUGGAUAUCCCGACGUGGAUGGCCUUCCGGCUCAUCUAGUUCAAACGAUCUCGCACGAUACAGUCAAUGCCACACGAGCCAACAUUUCUUAUAUCUAUCGUCUCGCGCCAUCAUUACAGAAGCCUGAGAAUGACAUGCUCGUGGUGUUAUGCUUCUGCUCGUUAUCUGAUACGGUCGACCCUGCGAUUAGCGAAUGGGUCAACUCAUCAGAAGGCACUAAAUUUUACCAUCGGACAAUAGGUGGCUGUCAGAAUAAGGAGGCAUUUGGACAAAUGUGUUUAAGGAUACUCGCCUUACUCAGCUUCCAGAAGAUGCUUUCUUGCCGGAUACACACGACGUCAGAACCAACUCAUAGUUCUUACCUAUAUGAUUUCUGCAAGCUUUUGGACGGCGAGACGCUUAAUAACACCCAAACCGUCAUGGAGAGAAUGGCUCUUUCCCUUAAACGACGGAUGGACAAGGAAAACUCUGAUGGUAUCCGUGAUCUUUUCCGUGCGGUCACGGAAGUUCCGCUUCAUAUUUGUGAUGGACAAUCGGACGAAUACUGGACAUGUAGAUUGGAGUGGGAGUCAUAUCAUCAGGAUGCUUUGCAUGCGACGAUGGCAUCAGUCCAGAUGAUUCAGGUGCAGAUGGAGGAAUAGUGCAUAUAGGAAGAUGAGAUGUGGUGAUACGCUGUACGAUACAGUUUAGUCAUGG